CCCGCCGUCGCGCCCUGCUCCCGCCCCCGCGCGGCGCUGAGCUCUGUCGGCGCCUGGCGUACUUCGAGUCCCCGCCAGGCCUCCGGGCCGGCUUCCGCGGUCGCCAUGACGGCGGCCGUGUUCUUCGGCUGCGCCUUCAUUGCCUUCGGGCCUGCGCUGGCCCUCUACAUCUUCACCAUCGCCACUGAGCCGUUGCGCGUCAUCUUCCUCAUCAUCGGAGCUUUUUUCUGGUUGGUAUCUCUGCUGUUUUCGUCCCUUUUUUGGUUCAUGGCAAGAACCAUUACUGACAACAAAGAUGGACCAAUACAGAAAUAUCUGCUGAUCUUGGGAGUGUUAGUCUCUGUCCUUGUCCAAGAAAUGUUUCGAUUUGCAUAUUAUAAACUUUUGAAAAAAGCCAAUGAGGGUUUGAGGAGUAUAAACCCAGAUGAGACAGCACCCUCUAUGCGAUUGCUGGCCUAUGCUUUCAUGACGCUGGUUAUCAUAUUGCUGCACGUGUUCUGGGGCAUCAUAUUUUUUGAUGGCUGUGAGAAGAAAAAGUGGUCUGCCCUUCUUGUAGUUCUUCUGACCCAUCUGCUGGUGUCAGCCCUGACCUUCAUAAGUCCUCAUUAUGGAAUAAAUUUGGUGUCAACAUAUAUAAUUGUGGUACUCAUGGGCAUUUGGGCAUUCUUUGUUGCUGGCGGCAGCUGCCGAAGCCUGAAACUGUGCCUACUCUGCCAAGACAAGGACUUCCUCCUUUUCAAUCAGCGUUCCAGAUAACCUCUGACAACCAGCACCUGCCAAACAGUAAGCUGCAUCUUUAGAGGAAGCACAACUGUGCCUUUUUCUAAAAGUUCCUUUUCCUGGUGGGAUUUAGAAAAAACAAAACCCUCUAGAUAAAUAAAAUAUGACUUCAUGCAGCAUCUCUGGAAGGAUACAGCAGUGGAUGUACACAUCCUGGCUAUACAUUAGAAUCGAAUCCCUUGGGGAAGCGUAAAGAAUAUUGACAUCUGGGCUUCACCCUCCACAUAUAAUUGGUCUGGGCAUUUGGUCAUUUUUAAAAGCUUUUCCCAGAUGACUCUGAUGUGCAGCCAGGUUGAUAAUCAUCAGUGUCCACAUAGGAACUUUCUGAGAACACCAUAAAUGAAUAAAAGUCCGAUGUUUAGCCGUCUCUCAACUCAGCUUGUGCUGAGCAGGUAAAUCUCUGACUAUCAGAUCCUGCUUAGCCUUUGUCUUUUUAAGUUAUGAAGUCACAAAACGCUAAAGGGCUCUCACCCCUAUGAACUUUUCAUGUUCUUUAUUAUACCCUAAAUUUAUGAGAACAUGGUAGGUUGUGCUUCUAAAUGCAUAGUAAAUUGCACUGACUUACUAUGAUAAUUUAGCCAAAGUAAGCUAGUGAUUAACAAGCUGCAUUUUUUCCUGUAGUUUUACAUUCUGGAUUCUGCUUUUUGAGGCAUUAUUUUGUUCGUGAGCGUAGAUUCAGUUUCUUUACCUAAAAAUCAAUUAUUUUCUGAUUUCUGGGAAGGUAUUAUAAACCAAGAAUUUUUGUGCAACUUCCGUAAAUUUUUCCUGGGUUUAAGGCUUUUCGUGAGCUGUGCCCUGAGGCAGUGUUUACCAGCUGAGUGCUAGCAACCAGCUGGGCUAGUUGGGGUGAAGUCCAUUGUUCUAUCUCUGAGCAGUUCUGCAGGUUGCUGAGUGAUGUACCCUGGGACACGCUUCACUAGAGCUGGUGAAAGUUCAAAAGCAUGAGGAAAACAAGCCAGUAGAAUGAUGUUGACACUUUAAAUUUGCUCCUGUGAUACUAGCCAGUACUUCCUCCUCCUCACCAAGUGAUAUAGUGCAGAAUUAGAAAUAGGUCUUAAACUGCCAAAUCGAUGCUUUUACAGAAUCCGUAUAAUCUUUAGAGCUAGCAAAUGUCUCUGGGUUUUAGUAGCAGAUACAACACUCCCUUUAUAGGAAUACCCAAGGUGUUCAGCUUCUGAGCAGCCCUUUUGAUUUCCUUUAUAAAGAGGAAAUGCCAGUGAAUUGUGCCUUUACUAACUAGAAAUUGCUCCCAGUUAAUGGCUUUUAGAGAGUGGAUGGUGUGAAAUGAAAAUUCCCUACACAUUAAAGUGAUAAGCUCAAUGGAUCCCAUAUGUGCAGUAGAACACCCAAAAGAAAUGGGAGCAGCAGUGAGAGAGAGCUCACCAGUGCCAUGACAGAUGGAAGAAUUGAACGGUACUGUGAUGGGAAAGAAUAAUGAACAUGUCUAAAGUGGAAAUGUGGCCAGUGUUUUGGGCUAGCCACACAUCAUUCCAGGGGCCAGACCUUUCACAUGAACUAGAUCUUUAUCGGUGAAAUCUCCCCCCAUGUUUAAAUUAUGAGAAUUUCUCAAUCUAGGGAUUCAAGAGAAAUAGGAUUUCUAGCAAGGCUGUAAACAGUCCCAUAACAAUUACAGUUAUUACCCUAAAGUUCACUUCACAACACUAAUACCGACGCUUCCACUGGAGUUUGCAGUUUUCCCCCUUUAUACAAAGUUUUCCUUAGAUGAAAAGAGCCGCAGGAAGAGUCAAAGGCAUAGAGACUGAGCAGUGAAAUUUACUGUGCAGAGUUAUGGGAAACAGGAUACCCACUGAACUGCCCUUUAUUCCUAUAGGAAUGUGGUGUUCUUUGAUGAACAGAAUAAGAAGAAUACAUAGUUGGUUAUUAGUAUUGACUUACACAUCUCUUAAAUGGAUAGUCUGAUAAAAUAUUUGAUCUGUAAAGUAUUGAAAAAUCCGAGAAUAUUAGUCGUACACCUUCCUGCCCUCUGAGGAUAUCCUCUGUGCUUUAAUAGUUUAAUAUUAAGUAAAGAAGCUGGGAUAUGGUACAAUCUUAUUUAUAAAAAUUUCUCAGGCCAGAGGAAAAUUUUCUUUGAUGCUAAGACUUGUCUGAGGAAAUUAUUUUGACUCCCUAUGAAUAAAGGAACUUUGUAAUCCUGAUUUCUCUUAAAAUGUGAGCAUUGCCAUAGUCAGCUUAGGCACUGUUGUCAUAAAUAGCCCUGAUUUGCCUGAUGCCAAGGACACCCAGAAGGAGAGGAGAGGAUAGUAUUCCUCUGUUGCUGUGUAUAUAUCGAGGUGCCUUUUUUUUUUUUUUUUUUAACAUUUGUUAUCUAUGGUGAGCCUUCUGAGCCCUGAUAGUAUUUGUAGAGGAGGUGGUAUGGAUAUUUUGUUGAUAUUGAUAUUGAUAUUGAUGUUUUCCUCUGCACAAAGCUUUCUCAGUUUGGAAGGACAUGUGGGUUAUAGAGUUAAAGUUGACCUUGGAAUAUGAAUAUUGUUGCAGUGCUUGAAUAUUUUGCCAUGUGAUUAAUAGAGAUUGGUUUUGUUGCUCUCUAAUAAAUGUGUAUUUAUUUUGUAUUCAUUUAAGUCAGUAGUUGUAACUGCAGAAGUUUUGUUACCUCAAUCCUGACCCACCUGGAUGGUCAUAUAGUAAGUAGCAGUUUCUUUUAGAGCAUCUAAUGAAAACAUGGCUGAAAGGAAGAAAUGAUGAUUAAUGGCAGAUUGUCUAGAAAAUGGUUUUUGUUCUCAAUGUUAAUUUUUUAUUUUAAAUCACACUUCGGUGUUUGCUGAGAGUGGUAGAUUCACAUCAAAAAUAUUAGGUGUUCUUAUCCAUAGAGUUGGUGCAGUAUAAGCAGUUGUUGACAGAAGUUUCCUCUUUCCUGCUACUCCUCCCACUUCCCAGUCACCUCAUACUAGCGCCAAGACAGGGAUUAGCUGUCAUUAUGGGCCUGAGGGCUCCAGGGAGGCCAGGGUGGCGGCCUGUCUUGGGCAGUGGCAGCCUGAUCCCCAGGAAGAGCUCCUUGAAGGUGCUAGCUUUCGUUAGCUAACUGUUUCUUAGACCCUGCUAUUCCUAACUGUGGGUGGACCAAGUAGGUAUCACAACAAACCAAUUUUAAAGUGCUUUGCUUAGAGCAUUUUGUUUAUGAUUGCAAUGUUUACAGUUCUCAUUUAAUACAAGGCUUUACUUCUAUUAAAUUCUAGUGUUUAGAGAGGUGAGGUACUGUAUGUAUCAUUUUAUGUAAGUAUGCAAUAUGUAUCAUUUUAUAUAAGUUACGCCGUUAUGUCAUGUAUCCUUGUAAUGUCAGGCCUUGCGUUCAGUACACAAUGCAAUAGACUCUUUGCAGACCUGUAUUUUUCAGUGAACAAUAAAAAUAUUGUUUGGCACUA